CGCGCCUCCUGUUGAGAGCUAAUAGCCCCAAAAGCUGAAUUUGGGGCAUUCCUCACAUGCCUUUGCCUCCUCUUCACAGACAGAUGCACUCAAGACAAGCAGUCGAUCAUUAACUCCGAAGGCACAACUGAAUGACAUGAAAAGCAGAGAGAGUCCAGUUUGAUCAACUUCUGGUUUGUGAUCCAAAAUGCAGGUUGUGGAUCUAUCCUCCUUCAUCCUGUUCAUGUGCCUUUUCACGUCAGGAAAAACUCAAAAAGGCUGUGAGAAGAGCACGAUUGAGAGGCCUACCAAUGCAGAUCUGUCCAGCCUGAAGGAGAGCUACGGUGACGGGGAAUCGGCCCGGAUCCGGUGUGAGAGCGGCUACACUGGCUUCUACAGAGCGAAAUGUGAAGGCAACACCUGGAAGAUCACAGGAAGGGCAUGCCAGAAAAAACCAUGUGGUCACCCUGGAGACACGCCCAAUGGCGAUUUUCAUUUGGCCAGCGGGGACGACUUCGUCUUCGGAUCAGUAGUGGAGUACACAUGCAAAACUGGCCAUCGUAUGAUGAGCAGGAACACACAGCGUGUCUGUAUGGCCAGCGGCUGGGACAACGACAUCCCCGUCUGUGAAGAGGUCAAAUGUCCAAUAAUUGAGCCGGCCGGCAAUGUCAGGGCGCUUGGUAACUAUGAGGAUGGUGGCUACAGUGACGUUGUACGCUUCGAGUGUGUGGGAGCGAAAAUGCAGCUCACCGGCCCUGAGGAGAUCCACUGCAAGCAAGACGGCACCUGGAGCCAUGAUACCCCCACUUGCAGAGAAAUACAAUGUGAAGCUCCUGCCAUAGAACAUGGAUGGAUUACCAACAGGCAGGAGUUGUACAGAGAUGAGGAUUUGCUCAGAUACACCUGUGAAGAAGGAUACAAAGCAGGCUCCGAACAGAGGCCCAAGUGUACUAAGUACGGUUGGAGCAUCACACCAGUAUGUGAAGAGAUCACCUGCAAGCUCCCAGGCUCGACUGGAUCUUACACCAGUAUCUUACCUAAGGGCAAAAAUAUUUUCCGACCAAGAGAUGAGGUGACGAUUGUGUGCGGUGAAGGAUAUCGGACAAUGACAACAAAAAAGGAGAGAGAUUCAUUUCUCUGUGGAGAGGAUGGAGAGUGGCCGAAUAAGAUGACGCCUGGCUGUGAGGAAAUCGAUUGCACAACUCGAGACCAUGACAGUCGUGCAACGCUGACUUUGAGGAGGGCUCCGAAUGGAUACUAUAUAUACAAUUAUAAAAUUGAUGAGACUCUAGCCUAUUCUUGCCGAACGUCUUAUUGGCCCAGUAGAGUAGAGUACAGGAAAACUGCAGAGAAAGCGACAUGUAAAAUCGACGGCUGGAAUCCUAAACAACUCUGUGUUGAGAAAGGAGCUUGUGAUACACCUACCAUUGAAAAUGGAUUCUUUGUGAAAGAAGGCCAGAACUAUGGUGGAUUUUCCUGCAAUGUUGGUUUCAAGCUCAGCACCGGUGGAGGGUCGCAGAGAACCAGCUGUAUUGAAGGCAAAUGGUCUCUCACACCACCCAUGUGUAUCAGUGUAAAUGACUGUCUCGCCCCACCCGCAGCUAACAAUGUCAUUUCUAAGAAUAAGAAGGACAUUUACUCACAUGGAGAAACUGAGGAGUUUGGAUGUGAACUGGGUUACACAUCGCAAUCACAGCAAAUUAGAUGUAACAAUGGACAGUGGGAGACACCACAGUGUGAACGAGACAGUAGCAUCUGCUCAGCUCCACCAGAUAUUCCAAACGCAAUCAUUGUCUCUCCAUACCAAGAGUUGUACAGAAAUGGAGAGGUAUUGACAUAUACAUGCCAUCUGGGUUUUAAGAUGGAGGGUGAUGAUAAGAUCACAUGUGAGGCAGGAAACUGGACCGAGACCAGCACUCCAAUAUGCCUUCCUCAGAGUCCAUGUCAAGCCCCAGCUGCUGCUGAGCAUGUGACUUAUCCACCAAAUAAGAUGAUGUAUCUGCACGGGGAGGUCGUACAGUAUGAAUGUGAUGCUGGUUACACAAAAUCAGAAGAAAUCAAAUGUGACAAUGGAACACUGAAGACGCCAAACUGCCAACGUGACUAUAACUUGUGUAAAGCUCCACCUCAAGUUGAAAAUGGAAAGUCAUCCAUCUCAGCAGAUCAAAAGAUUUACACAGAAGGAUUGGAGGUGAACUAUACAUGUGAACGUUUCUACCAAUUUAAAGACAAGGACAGAGUCACGGUCACAGUCACAGUCACAUGUCGCCGGGGAGAGUGGAGUGAAAGUCCAGAGUGCAUUCCUCGCGAGACAUGUGACAAGCCUGAGGGAACACACAUGACUUUAAUGCCACAUCAGGACGAGUACAGCAACGGACAUGCUGUGAGGUACAUAUGCGAAUAUCCAUACACUGCAAAACCUGGAAAGGAGAUCAGGUGUGAGUGGGGACGGUGGACUGGUGAAGUGGACUGUGCAUUGUCUCGAGAUUUCUGUGCUCCCCUUCAAGCGGGGAGUUUAAAGGAUGUAGUGGGAGAAUCCCAGGCCUACUACCAACAAGGGGCACGGGUGCAGUUCCAGUGCCCUCAGCACUACAAGUUUGAUGAUGGAACAACUACCAAGAUGCUGCAGUGCCAUUAUGGGCAAUGGGCUUACAACAGUCCAUGCAAGAAGCCCUGCAAAGUGAACCCACAGGACUUGCUUGACAGGAAGAUUGGAUAUCGAAGGUCUAAUUUUUCUAUAGAAUAUAUUACACAUCGUGACAGUUUGACAUUCACUUGUCAAGGAGGUACGAGAAUGAAGUCUAGAUCUCUGGGAACAACCUGUUAUGAUGGCACAAUUGAUUUGCCUGAAUGCCAGUAAUAAAAAAGGAAUUCCUAAUGUA